AUGAGAUUUGGGGGGCAGAUCUUCCUGCCCCUGUUCUUCACGCUCCUUGGGAAUGUGGUGUCAGUGGCUCUGGAGUACGAGCAGGCUUACAAUGUCAGGCCGAGCAGACUCAGCUUCCGCUCAGAUACAGGCGAGCCCUCCCUGGAAUACGAAGACACGCCAAGGCUGAGAGUGAGGCGGAGACUAAUGCAGUAUGGCCGCCCCCGAGGGGAAGAUCGAGAGUGCCGCCUAAAGAUGCUGCUGCUCACGGUUGGCGACCUCGGCCUCGGCUAUGAGUCGGAGGAGACCGUUCGCUUCAAGUACUGCAGCGGCGGCUGCCCAAGGUCUCGCACCAACCACGACCUGACACUUUCGCGCCUGCUGCAGAAGAGCGAUAUCCCCUCCCUGCUGGAGGAAAAGAUCUUCGGGGGGCCGUGCUGCCGCCCCACACACUACGAAGACGUGGUCUUCCUGGACGACAAACACCAGUGGCAUACGGUGGAGCAGCUGUCGGCGGCCGCGUGCGCUUGUGUUGGCUGAAUCGGCUCACGUGCUCGCGGGUUACAAAAUGGCGAUGCAGGGCAGCCCCAACGCCAAGCUAUGGACCGUAGUUAUGAGCGCAAUAUAUUUAACACCUGCUACCCCCGUGCUAGUAUAGCAUCUGCCCUGCCACUGGGGAAGGGGAAAGACAUUAGUGGGAGGUUUAGCAAUGCUUGAGUUUGAUUGGUUUUCUCAAUUCGAGUUUUUUUUGCACUUAAAAACGGUUCAAAAACUCGAAUGUCUGGUAUUUAUUUAUAAGUGCAAAACCCCCGAAAACAUGAAUGUAAACAUUUGUCAUCUAAAAGUUUCUAUCGAAGUCAAUGGGAGUUGCCAAAGUCAAGCCGUAUUCUCAAACUCACAUUUUUGGAGUUUUUCGAGAUAUUUGAGUUUUUGGUUUUUUUUUUAUACCUUAUUAAUAAGUAAGUGACCAAUCGAAAUGCGAGUUAAUCUGAUAAAAGGUGGCCAU